AUGUCGAUAAAACGGCUAUCUGGAUGGCGGAAGCUUCCUGUUAGCCUCUCUGAGUUGUCCAUUGACACAACAUUGAGAUGCGGUCAAUCAUUCAGGUGGCGCAAAAUGAGCAAUGAAUGGAUAUGUACACUGCACGGCCGUAUACUGUGUCUGAAGCAGGAUGCGGAACAUCUUCACUACAAGGCGAUUUGGCCCAAGCAGGAAACCAAUCAUCCGUCCACCUCAUCGUUAUCAAGCGGCAUGGAUCGGGCCCUAUACGAUGAUACCGAAGAUCUUAUUCGUCAAUAUUUCAGCCUGGAUCUAAAUCUGGGCCAUCUUUAUGAGCAAUGGUCAGAAGCCGACUCUAACUUCCACAAGAAGGCGCUCGAAUUCACAGGCAUUCGGAUCCUCAGCCAGGACGCCUGGGAGGCCUUGAUAUGCUUCAUAUGCAGCAGUAACAACAAUAUAAGCAGGAUUUCACAGAUGGUUCAUAAACUCUGUAAUCACUAUGGCCUCCUUAUCGGGCAUAUCGAUGGCGUGCCGUUGCACGACUUUCCAACCGCCAAGGCUCUUACCGACGAUGGUGUCGAGUCACAUCUACGAGAGUUGGGGUUUGGGUAUCGUGCCAAAUACAUUGCCCAUACAGCCCGCGUAGUAGCUUUAGAAAAACCAACCGGUUGGUUGGAUUCAUUACGCAACCCGCUACGCCCGGGACCAAGAGUUUCAAGGCAAGACUCGACUGCGACAGAUCCGACGUAUAAAGAAGCCCACGAGGCGUUGCUUUCCUUGGCUGGCGUAGGUCCCAAAGUUGCGGACUGUGUAUGCCUCAUGGGGUUGGGAUGGGGUGAGUCCGUGCCCGUGGACACUCACGUCUGGCAGAUUGCGCAGAGAGACUACAAGUUUGGCAAGUCGAAAACAAGGACGUUUAACAAGGCCAUGUACGAUGCUGUGGGCGAUCAUUUCCGGAAGAUCUGGGGUGACUAUGCAGGAUGGGCACAUUCCGUUGUUUUCACUGCAGACCUCAGAGAAUUCUCGGGCCGGAAAGCAAAGGCCGAAGCCGUCGUGCCUGGCGAGGUGAAGACGGAGGUGAUGGAGGAUCUGGGCUUCCAUGGGCCGCCAAAGAGGAAGUCAGCCGCGCAGGCACUGUUGAGGAUCAAUACCAAGGUAGAAGACGUGGAGGGUUCCAACCUCGUUCACAUGACCGCUUCUUACAAGCGCCGGCGAAUCCGGACUCGGUCAUGA